AUGAAGUCUGGUGCCCUCGUUGCCCUCCUCCUGUCAGCAGUGGUGGCCUCGCGCGCGAGCGCCAGUCUGCGCCGCGGCGCACUCGAGCAGCCGAUCGUCACGGCGGAGGCCGGCGAGCUGAACAACGACAACAAUUUUGCCGUCUCCGCGCAGGACGGGACCCCGGCCAGGCCGCCCGGCUACCGUGCGGCCUGGGACGACUGCGGCGGCGUCGGUGCCUCCGCCACGGAGCGCAUGCGGUCCAUCUCUGCCAGGAUCAAGGGCUGGGCCAAGCCGCUGCCCUUCCAGCGCCACGCGGCGCAGGACUGCGGGCAUGCCGCGGGCGACCAGUUCGGCACGCUGCCCGGGCCGGGAGAGCAGGUCAACUACCCGGGGCCCGAGGUGCACGCUGCGCAGGACGCCGGCCUGAAGACCGCGGCCGACACGCUCGCCAAGUACCCCCUGGCGGCCAAGUAG